AUGGACCUAAAGUAUGAGACUAACAGGGAAACAGGUGAGAUGUCUCACUCCUAUUGCAUAAUGAGCUGGAGAGAGAAAGAAUCCAGAAACGCGAAGGCCGAGACUUUCGACGAGGCGUCGAGGGCUUUGCUCUCUCUGAGAGAUCUCAGGUUGAGUAGAAAUGGUGGAGACAGGAAGAAGAUUAAUGGGGGGUUUGGGUCUCCUGUCGCGAUUCCCGAGCAUUUCUUGUGCCCGAUUUCGUCGGAGAUUAUGAAGGAUCCUGUCGUUUUAGCAUCUGGGCAGACCUACGACCGGCCCUUCAUUCAGGAAUGGCUGAACUCCGGCAACCGAACGUGCCCACAAACCCAACAAGUCCUCACAAACCCUACUCUCACCCCGAACCACCUUGUCCGCAGCAUGAUCUCCCAAUGGUGCAUGGAGCACAAUAUUCCCCUCCCUCCCCCCUCACCCAUCUCCAACCCCGACGAUCCCCCAAUAUCUGCCUCUGAGCGGACCUCCGUCAGUUCUCUCCUCAAAAACCUCUCAUCCCCCUCCCUUCCCAUCAAGAAACAAGCCGUCAAAGAUCUCCGUCUCCUCACAAAACAAAAAACCUCGGUCCGAGCCUUCAUCGGUCAAAACCCUGAAGUCAUCCCCAAAUUAAUCUCCGUCUUUGAUGGCGUCGAUCAUGAAAUCCAUGAAGAUACAGUCACCACGAUGCUCAAUGUUUCACUCUUUGAGAGCAACAAGAAAGUCCUCGGCGAUGAUCCCCAAACCAUACCGUUUCUAAUUGAUGCGUUAAAGACCGGUACAAUGCAGACACGAGGCAAUUCUGCAGCGGCUCUCUUCAGCCUCUCCGCUCUUGAUUCUAAUAAGAUCAAGAUCGGAGAGUUGGGGGCAAUGAGGCCUCUCAUAAGUCUCCUAGAGCACGGGUCAUUACAGGCUAAAAAAGACGCGGCAAAUGCGAUAUUCAACUUGUGCACUAAUCACGAGAACAGGACUCGAGCAGUGAGUGAUGGUGUGGCUGGUGCGGUGCUGUUGCUGAUCAUGGAUAAAUUGCUUGUUGGCGAGUCACUGGCGAUUCUCGCAUUGGUAUCAGGCCACAAGGAACUGGAGGCUGACGGAGUUAGAUACUUGCUCGAGAUCAUAAGAGAGAGCUCCUGUGCACGGAACAAAGAGAAUGCGGUUGUGGUUAUUUACUCUGUAUGUGUCGAUCACAGGAUGAAGCUGAGGGAGAUCGGAGAGGAGGAGACUCUUUACGGUACCAUAUCGGAUCUUGUGGCAACUGGAAGUUCGAGGGCGAGAAGGAAGGCGAGGGGGAUACUGGAGAGGAUUAGAAAGUCGAUGCACGCGACGCAUUACUCUUGUUAGAAUAAGGGACGGUUUCAGUUCAUUCUCCAUGUAAAUAGUAGCAUCCUCUUAUACAGAAUUUUGUUGUUCCCUCUUGUCCAUGGAGAUAAUUGUGUAGUUUUGUGUUUAUUUUUUCUGUU